AUGGCUACAUUUUUUCUUCUUCUUUCUCUUCUUUUCUUCUCUGCUUCUGCUCAUAUUCACAAUGUAAUAAGAGUAACCGAUAACCCGGCAGAUCAACUGGUUGCUGCGCUUAACAAUAAUAGAACUGCAAAAAAGGAACCAACCCUCUAUGACAACCCAGGCCUAGGCUGCAUUGCUUUGCAGUACAUAAAAGCAUACCGAGGGGAUUGCAAUGUUUUAGGAGGAGAUGAUGCCAAGAAACCUUUUGAUUCUCAAUUUGCUGAUACUUUUGCCCCCAAUUGUGGCGUCACGGCCUCAACUCUCAGCAAGAUCACUGGCCGAUUAGUUGCCUGCCAGUCUAAGUAUGUUGAGCCUUCUAAAGCAUUCUCAGAAAUUCUAAUGAAGGACAGCAAGAGCUUAGAAAUACUCUACAGUAAAAAUCACACAGAAGUGGGGGCUGCAGUUACUGGAACUGAUGGUGGGGGUCCCUAUUUUUGGUGUGUGUUGUUCAGUAAUGGUAAGAGCAACAGUAGCUUUACUUUGGAGGGAGGUGAAGCUAAGAUAACAAAGCCUGGUUGCUUUAGUGGUGCCAAUGAUGUGUGCAGCAGUGCUAAUGGUUGGCCUCGGUCACUUACUCUAUGGUCCUACAUUGCCACAGCUUUCAUUGCAGUUGCAUAUGCCUUCGGUUUAUAG